CGCAUUUUGCUAAAAUACGCCCCAUCCCAUUUCAAUUUCUUUAUAAGUUUUGUGAAUUGAACCUCCCAUCCACCCAUAUAGUCUCUCUCCCUCUCUAGCCAGCUUCAGAAAUAGUACGAAAAUGAGACUUCUUCCAUGUCCUUUGCCAUGCCAAUCAUAUGAAGAUUCUGACUCUCAUCAAUUUCACUCCUCCAACAACCUCCACUCACCACACUCCUCUCUCUCCUCUCAACCAAGUCUCCCCUCCAUUCCUUCCCUAACCUCCCUUUCCUCCUCCUCCACCACCACCCACCACCACUGCAUCACCACCCUCAACCACCACUCCUCCUCCGUCUUCUCCCUCACCCUCGCCGGAAAACACCUCUACAGCGGCUCCUCCACCAGCGAAAUUCACAAAUCUAGCCGAGAUCCAUCAACCCUCGACCACUCCUCCACCACCACCACCGUCGUCGCCUCCGGCGACUCCGCCGUCAAAUCUAUAGCAAUUUUAGGAGACAAACUCUUCAGCGCUCACCAAGACCACAAAAUCCGUGUAUGGAAGAUCGAUAACAACGAUAACCAAAAACCAUACAAAAUCAUAGCAACACUUCCAACUCUCAACGAUCGCGCCGCCAAGCUGUUCUGGGCGAAGAACUACGUGGAGGUCCGGCGCCACAAGAAGUCUACCUGGGUUCAUCACGUCGAUACCGUUUCAGGUCUCGCUUUAUCUCAAAAUGGCUCUCAAAUUUUCUCUGUCUCGUGGGACCGGACUUUCAAAGUGUGGAGUACUUCCCAUUUCAAGUGUUUGGAAUCGGUGCAAAAUGCUCACGACGACGCUAUUAAUGCGAUUGUCUUGUCCACUGACGGGUUUGUUUACACUGGCUCGGCCGAUAAGAAGAUCAAGGUGUGGAAGAAGAAGGAGGGAGAGAAGAGGCAUAGUUUAAUCGAUACAUUAGAGAAACACAGAUCUGCUGUUAAUGCUUUGGCGAUUAGUACUGAUGGGUCGGUGUUGUAUUCGGGAGCUUGUGAUCGGUCCAUAAUUGUGUGGGAAAAAAAUGGUGGUGGCAGUGAUGGUGGUGGGUGUGGGAAUAUGGUGGUGGUGGGUGCACUGAGAGGGCAUACCAAGGCGAUUCUGUGCUUAGCGGUCGUGUCAAAUUUGAUAUGCAGUGGAUCUGCUGACAAAACGGUUAGGAUUUGGAGGAAAGGAAUUGAGAGGAGUUAUUCUUGUUUGGCAGUGCUUGAAGGGCCUAGAGGACCAGUCAAGUGUUUGGCUGCAGCUGUAGAUAGCUGUAAUGGUGAAAGCAAUUCUUCAUCUGGAACUAGUUAUAAGGUCUAUAGUGGUAGUUUGGAUUGUGACAUUAAGGUCUGGCAAAUUUGGGUUCCCUUCCUUUAAUGUCGUUUUCUUUUCUUUUUUCUUUUGGGUGGCAAAUUUUGUAGAUAAGAGUGAGAAGAUUACUUUUUAUUUUUUCAUUUUUAAUCUUGAUUAUAUAUGUGACACUAUUACUUCAUUAUUUAUAAUUGGGAAACAUUGUAAUGUACCCUUCAAA